CUAUAUUAAAGAUAACUACAGUAUCAAUAUAUAGAUGCUAAUAAGUGUUUAAAAAUCUAUAUUAAUUAUGUCUUUGUUAGAAGAAAUUCAGAUGUCAACAAUGAAAGUUGAGCCAAUGGACAAUUUAUAUCUUGCAUUAAUACAGUGUUUUGCUAUUAUAUUAUGCGGGUAUAUUGCAGGAAGGUUUGAUAUUAUUACUAAGACAGAAGCAAAUGGCCUUAAUACUUUUGUUGGAACAUUUGCUUUACCUUCAUUAAUUUUCAUGUCAUUGGCAAAACUUAAUUUUACUUUAGUAAACUGGAAAUUUCUUUUCGCUGUGUUAUUAGCUAAAAGUUUUGUCUUCCUGAUUGUUCUUGGUAUAUCUCUAGUCAUUAAAAGACAAUCAAAUCCUGGUUGUGCUGCACUCUUUGCAAUAUUUACUACACAGAGUAAUGAUUUUGCUAUUGGAUAUCCUAUGAUACAUGCACUAUAUGGAAAAACACAUCCUGAAUAUACUGCUUAUUUAUAUUUAAUGGCACCAAUAUCGUUAGCUAUUUUAAAUCCAAUUGGUUUUGUAUUAUUAGAAAUUGGCAAACGUUAUGGUGAAGAUCAUAGAAGUUAUAGGGAGAUGAUUUGCUCUAUCGCAAAAGGAAUUGCAUUAAAUCCAGUACUUCUUAUGACUGUUCUUGGUAUCUUUGGUAAUCUUGGUUUCAGUCAUUUAGUUCCAGCUGCACUUGCAACUGUGCUCGAUGUAUUUGGUAAUGCUUUCUCAGCAAGUGCUCUCUUUUUGUUGGGAUUAAUGAUGGUUGGAAAGGUGCAUAAAUUGAAGGGUAUAGCUCUUGUAAUACCAGGUAUAUUGAUAUUAGUGAAAUUGCUAAUUCUUCCCUUGGUUAUAAGAGAAUCUAUUAUUCUCUUGAAUGCUGGAGAAAAUGCUACAGAUACUCAAGACUUAAGUACAUAUGGAUUUUUGUAUGGUACUAUUCCUACAGCACCAGCUUUAUUUAUUUUUACUGUUCGAUACAAUCUUGAAAUAGAUUUGAUUGCAUCAGCAAUGGUUGCGUGUACUUUUGUAUCUGCUCCACUCAUGUUUAUAUCAGCAAAAUUAAUUGAUGCUGUUUUUACUGGGAAUACUCCCAAAAAUUAUACACAUCAGCUGAAUGUAUUUUCUUUUGAUGUAAGCAUUGCUUCAAUAAUAGUUUGUAUAUGGCUAAUAAUUUGUUUCAUUGGAUUUGGAAGAAAAAAAUACAAAUGUAUCACUCAUAAAUGUACAUUUUUUAUCAUAAUUGCACAGUUAGUUACAGCUAUAGGAGUUAUAAUAUGGAGUAAACUUGAAUCUUAUGAUAAUGGUUCAGUUUUAUGGUACAUCCAGUUUAUCCUAAUUACUGUUGGAGUAUAUGCAAGUCGUAUGUGGACUAUGGCAGUAGCUGCAACUCUGUUAUAUUUAAAUUCCCGUUCUCUAGAUAUUAUCCACAAUAUUCAGAAACGGUUUUAUUUUAUUGGUUGGGGGAUUCCACUUUUAGUAGUAAUUAUAAUGUGUAGUACAAUGUCUCCAAAAGAAUCUGAGUUUGAGUUUAGAAAUCCAAAUUUUCAACUUGGUAGAAUUCAAGCUGUAAUUUCUACUUUUAUAUUAAUAUUUUGUUUUAUUGUAUCAGUUGGUUGUUUAGUUUUACAGCAAAGUUAUCAACAUCAAUACAUUUUACCACCUUGUUCUAAUUUAAUAAAUAAUGCUGAAAAUUAUAAUAGUGAUGAUGUUGAAAGACAUAUAGUAGAUAUUGAAGAUCUUAUUUCCUCAACUUCUCAUACUUCAAUUAUUGGCUGUGAAUCUGCAAAUGAUUGUCCAAAUAGAGUAUACAGAGAUAACAAUAAUGAAAUUGAUGAAUGUAACUUAUAUGGAAACAUAAGCAAUGAAAGAAGUGAUCCUCAGUCUUUACGACAUCUUGUAUUUGUUAUUUUACUUCUAUGUUCCAUGUUCAUUGGCCUAUCUAUAUCAGUUGGAAGACUAUUAAUGGAACAAUUAAUUGGAAUUUAUGCAGAAUUGGCAUUCCUUGAUGUUGCUCUAAAUUUCGGCCAGUCCUUAAUUACAUUUGCUAUUUUUGGGUUAGAUGUUCCUGGACUUGGGAAGUUAGGAUGUUGGUUACGAAAAAUGAGUCGUAAAUGGCGCGAUGGGAGAGAAUUACAACUUCCUUCUGAAGAUACAUUAAGUCAUGAAGUGAAAACUAUUAGAGAUCAAUUUAUUCGUUGCCAUUUAACUGAAUGUCGUGCUCAUAUAUCCAUGUGCCGUAGACGCUUGCUAAAAGUACACAGAAGUGUCUUCACUGGAACUGACUUAGUUAAUUGGUUGCUUGAAGCCAACAUUGCACAAACUAGAGGAGAAGCUGUUCAGUAUGGACGUAGCUUAUUAGAAAGUCGAGUAUUACAACAUAUCGAUGGUACUCAUCACUUUUGUGAUCAAAAUUUACUUUAUACUUUUAAUGCCUAAUUGUAACAUCUUGAUCAGGUU